UAUUAUGACUGGCAACACCAUGUCUGUUGAUGUGUCGUGAUUGUCGAAUAGAAAAUAUCAAUAUUUUGAGAUUUUAUGAAAUAAAAACCCUAAAUUCUUUACAAUAUUUAAUUUUUAUAAACCAUAAAUUAUAUCACAUCUUUCAAUGAAACAGUCAUGGACGAUAGGAACAUGGAAACGGGCAGCUCUGCUAGUAACUAUGGCGAUAACGAACAUCCUAAAAGCAUCAUACACAUUGACAUAGAUUGCUUUUACGCUCAAGUGGAGAUGUUACGGAACCCCGAACUGCGGUCUGUACCACUCGGUGUCCAACAGAAAAACAUCGUAGUGACGAGCAACUACGAGGCUCGGAAAUACGGAGUACAGAAAUGCAUGCUAGUUACAGACGCGAUGAAAAUUUGUCCCAGUUUAAAACUCGUUAAUGGCGAGGACUUGCACAACUACAGGACAGCCUCAAAUAAGGUUUUCGAAGUUCUUCAGACCUGGAAAUGUCAGGUGGAAAAAUUAGGUAUGGAUGAAAACUUUAUUGACGUCACAAAAUUGGUAUUGGAGAGAUCAAAAAGUGCAGAUGUUAAAAAUGUCGCACUCAGUGGUCACCUGUACAAAGAGCCUGGUAUAGAGUGCCUUUGUGGGUGCCACAUUAGACUGAAGAUAGCAUCACAAAUAGCUAAUGAAAUUCGCCAAAAAAUAUAUGAUGAAUUAGGACUCACUACUUGUGCUGGCGUGGCACACAACAAAUUAUUGGCAAAACUAAUCUGUCCAUUACACAAGCCUAAUGAUCAGACCACUAUAUUCCCAGAUCAUGGAGCAGACUUCAUGUCAACUCUUCAGAGUGUCCGAUCCAUUCCGAGCAUUGGUUCUAAAACAACAGAAACUCUUAUAUCUCAUCAAAUCAUCACAGUAAAGGACUUGCAAGAAGUAGCACUAGAAGUACUGAAGAAAAACUUCAGCAGUGAUAUGGCCGUCCGACUUAAACACUUGAGCUUAGGGGAAGACAAUACCCCAGUGAAACAGACUGGCAAACCCCAGAGUAUAGGCUUAGAAGACAGUUUUAAAACAGUGAGUCUCAAGAGUGAGGUGGAAGAUAAGUUCUCAGCCUUGCUUCAAAGACUGCUUGUGUUAGUACGAGAAGAUGGACGUAUUCCUGUUUCAUUGAGAGUAACAUUGAGGAAAAAGGAUGCCAAGAGAUUGAGCAGCCACAGAGAGUCGAGACAGUGUCAGAUAUCAUCAUCAAUCUUCACAAUAUCAAAUGGUAUACUCACGGUCACAGAAGCUGGCCAGCAGAAACUUAUGACUAUAAUUAUGAGAUUAUUCAAUAAGCUUAUUGACUUAUCAAAACCAUUCCAUUUGACAUUAGUUGGGCUGGCAUUCACGAAGUUCCAAGAACGGAUGACAGGUAGAAGUUCCAUAGUGAACUACCUGAUGAAUGAUAUUUCAGUGCAGUCAGUACUCAAUUUACAAAACGACUGUGAUACAUCAGCAACUUCAAUGGACUACUCUGCAGCUUCGCCAAGCAGCAGUACAACUACGGACUUAUCAGAUGGUGAAGUGGAACCUUCACCUAAGAAGCCAAAAAAAGUGAAUUGGAUAGCAAAAAAACGCUGUUUAUCAAAGGAGGAUGUUGCAUCUCCGAGCAAGCUAAAAGUUGGCGAAUUGAGGUUGAAUUCUAAAGAACUUGAGAAAGUAUCAGAGCUCAGGCUGAACUCUCGGGACAGGUCCCUGACCCCACGAGCGAGUCCGGCCAAAGAUAAUCUCUCAGAUACAUCAGACACAAUGAAAGAUGUAGCUGAAGGUGGUAACUGUGAGGGUUGUCCGAGUUAUGUUGACAAAGAAGUGUUCAGUGCUCUUCCUGGUAACAUGCAGCAGGAGCUGAAGGCCAUGUGGAAGAACCCCUCUAGCUCCGUCACGAGGACUAGUCCCAGAACAAUGAACAAAGCAAAGCCGAACACACUCUUAAAAUAUUUUGUUCCACACAAAUAGUAUUAGUAAGAUUUUUAUCUUGUUAAUUAUUUUAAGUGAUAAGUGAAUGGUUUCUAUUUUUUCAAAUCAUACAAUUUUUAUUCAACUGA